AAAAAUAAUGUCGCCACUAUUGAAACGCCACCUACGUACCUGGCUUUUGGUAUAGCCAAUGCCAUUAAAGAUAAUACCCAAGUAUCACAAUCACCACCUGUAGUUACAUUAAGUUCAGAUUUUAUAUCAAUAUUUGAAGAAAAGGGAAUAACCGUAAAUACUAUUAAGGAUUUAGAUGAUUCCGAAUUAAUAGAACUAGGAGUUACCAAAAUUGGGUGGCGAAAAAAUAUAAAACAGGCGGGAAGAAAAUAUUGA